UUUAAUAGGGUGGUGAUAUCACCACAAAAUAAAAGUGAUGAGCAAAUUUGAUUCCUUGAGCCUCCACCCUCCCAUUUGACAGAUGGUUGGAUAUGCUCCAAUUGGUGUUCAAGUUUCAUGGGCCAAUAGUUAGCUGGCCACCCAUUGACAACUCAGGGUGCCCAAACUAUGAAACGUGAUCUGACUUGUACCUACCCCCGAGUACCCGGGCUGUCCUAACCAAAUUCUGAUGGUGUGUUGCUAUGCCUCUGGCUCUUAUUACGGUCAGAUUCAAAACAAACAUCGGAAUUAUUACAAAACUUAUCCAUUUUUUCAGUUUUAGUUUUUGAUUUUUCCGGUCAAAAUUGGGAUAUGUGCCUCCAGUCUUAUCCUAGUAUCCUACAGCAGUCAUGCAUAUCCUCCUUCAUAAAAAAUCACAGUCUUCUUGAUCAGAAACCUUCAUGUUCCUAGCAUCGAUUAUUUUCCAGAGCUCUGUUCAUUGACGACGAUGGAGAGUCGUCGUCUGAGCAUGACCCGGUGGACGGCGACGGCGGCCAGCAUAUGGAUCCAAUGCUUCGGCGGUGCAUCCUACACCUUCAGCAUCUACUCCUCCGCGCUCAAGUCCUCCCAAGGAUACGACCAAUCAACGCUCGACACCGUGUCCGUCUUCAAGGACAUAGGCGCCAACGCUGGCAUCCUCUCCGGACUCCUCUACUCCGCCGUGGCCCUCAACCACCGCCGCGCCUGUUUCGGGGGGCCUUGGUUGGUACAUGUGGCGGGGGCAAUCCAGUGCUUCGCGGGGUACUUCUUCAUCUACGCCGCCGUGUCCGGGUUGGUGGCGCGGCCGCCGGUAGCGGUUGUUUGCUUGUUCAUGUUCUUGGGGGCUCAUUCUCAAACGUUCUUUAAUACGACUAAUGUCGUCACUGGCGUACAGAAUUUCUCUGACUAUGGCGGGACCAUAGUUGGUCUUAUGAAGGGAUUUAUGGGUCUUAGUGGAGCAAUACUGGUCCAAUUCUAUGACACACUAUGCAAAGGCAACCCCAGCAACUUCCUCUUAUUGCUGGCCUUGUUGCCAACACUGGUCUCCAUUUUGUUCAUGCCCUUCGUGAGAAUCUAUGGAGCUUGUAGAGCUGAAAUUGACAAGAAGUACUUAAAUUACUUCUCUGCUUUUGCUCUGCUCAUUGCUGCUUAUCUCAUGGUCACAAUCAUACUGAGAAACAUCUUCACUCUUCCAUUGUGGGCUAGUGUCUUCACAUUCACAUUACUUCUUCUGAUUCUACUCGCCUCACCCAUUGGAAUUGCAAUCAAAGCUCAAUUCAUGGAGUUAAAGAGACAGCGAGAAACGAGUACUUCUGCUGCUAGUUAUGCUUUACUUGGGAAAGAGGCCUCUAGAGAAUAUGAUCAUGAAGAUAUGAAUCUUGUGAGUGCUAUGAGCUCUGUUAAUUUCUGGUUUCUGUUCAUUGCAAUGCUUUGUGGAAUGGGUACUGGCUUGGCCACCAUAAACAACAUGGGCCAAUUAGGCCAGUCACUUGGUUACACAACUGUAGAGAUAAACACCUUUGUUUCUCUAUGGAGUAUAUGGAACUUUCUAGGCAGAUUUGGAGCUGGGUAUGUCUCAGAUUUUUUGCUACACACAAGAGGAUGGGCAAGGCCAUUGUUAAUGGUUCUCACUCAAGCAACAAUGGCUGCUGGGCACCUUGUAAUUUCAUCUGGGUUUUCUGGAAAUCUAUAUGUGGGUUCAGUCAUUGUAGGCAUCUGUUAUGGUUCACAGUGGUCACUAAUGCCCACCAUUAGUUCUGAGAUCUUUGGUGUCACACAUUUUGGUACCAUUUUCAACACAAUUGCCAUAGCCAGCCCUGUUGGGUCUUACAUUUUCUCAGUGUGGGUGAUUGGGUACAUUUAUGACAAACAAGCUUCUCGAGAACAUGAGUCCUCCUGCAAUGGCACUCACUGCUUCAUGUUGUCUUUUCUGAUCAUGGCCUCUGUUGCCUUGUUUGGGUCUCUUGUUUCUCUUGCACUGUUCUUCAAAACCAAGAGGUUCUAUGACUCCAUUGUGUUAAAUAGAUUGCGGCAUUUUCCAAACUAGCGAGUGAAAAAGAUGAAAACUUUGUGUACUUGUAAUUUUCAUCUUGUGAAGUGUGAACUCGUAACAAAUUAUAUUUAUUUCCGGAAAAUAAAAAGAUAAUUUUCUGUCA